AUGGGGAACACCAUCAGAGCCCUGGUGGCCUUCAUCCCUGCUGACUGCUGCCAGAACUACGUGGUCAGAGAUCUCCGGGAGAUGCCCGUGGACAAGAUGGUAGAUCUGAGUGGGACCCAGCUACGCCAUUUCCCCGGGCACGUGUGCUCCUUCCGGGAGCUGGUCAAGCUCUACCUGAGUGACAACCACCUCAACAGCCUGCCUCCUGAGCUGGGGCAGCUGCAGAAUCUGCAGAUCCUGGCCCUGGAUUUCAACAACUUCAAGGCUCUGCCCCAGGUGGUGUGUACUUUGAAACAGCUCUGCAUCCUCUACUUGGGUAACAACAAACUUUGCGACCUCCCCAGUGAGCUGAGCCUGCUUCAGAAUCUCCGGACCCUGUGGGUCGAGGCCAACUGCCUCACCCAGCUGCCGGAGGUGGUCUGCGAGCUAAGUCUCCUAAAGACUCUGCAUGCCGGCUCCAAUUCUCUGCGUCUGCUGCCAGGCCAGCUCCAGCGCCUCCGAGAGCUGCGGACCAUCUGGCUCUCGGGCAACCUGCUGACUGACUUCCCCCCCGUGCUGCUGCACAUGCCCUUCCUGGAGGUGAUCGACGUGGACAGGAACAGCAUCCGUUACUUCCCCAGCCUGGCCCACCUGUCGAGUCUGAAGCUGGUCAUCUAUGACCACAAUCCCUGCAGGAACGCACCCAAGGUGGCCAAAGGCGUGCGCCGCGUGGGAAGAUGGGCAGAGGAGACGCCAGAGCCUGACCCCAGAAAAGCCAGACGCUACGCCUUGGCCAGGGAGGAAAGUCAGGAGGGAGAGGCACUUGUCCUGCCUCCUCUACUUCUUCCUCCCAACUCCUGA